AUGGGCUCGCUCGAUGGCCAAUCCGGUCGCUUAAAUACCGUCGAUGAUUUGAUCAGAAAGCUUGCUGAUGAGGAAAGCCAAGAUGCACCCCCCAUUCUCGCGUUCCCCACCCCCGGUCAUAUCAGAUCGAAUGAGAAAUACGAAUUCUUUAGAGCGAAAGACCUUGACAGACUGGCAGAGGGAGUGGCCGCUGUUUAUGUGCAGUCCCAGCUGCAGCCAGUGUGGCGCGAUCGGAAGGAAGUUGGCGUAAUUGCUAUCCUCGGGAAAUCAACACUUGAAUACUUUGCUUCUUUACUGGGAUUGUGUAGAUUAGGCUAUGCUGUUCUUUUAUUGUCCCCACGUCUCGCGACCGAGGCAGCUGUCUCCCUGCUAGACUGCACCAAGUGCAGUACUCUGGUGUACAUGCGAGAAUAUGAAGCAGUUGCAGAGCGCAUCCAAAAGCACCGUACCCUGAAGGUCAUUCAGACUCCAGAAAGAGAUGUUUUCGACACUGGCUUGACCACUGGAAUCGAUUGGCGGAGCGGGCAAGAUACUGGUGCUGCCGACCGUACAGCCUUCAUCAUGCAUAGCUCUGGUUCAACGGGCAUGCCCAAACCAAUAUUCCAAACGCAUCGAUCCUGUCUAGAAAACUUUGAAAACGGCAACAAUUUACGCUCUUUUCUAACUGCACCAUUCUAUCAUACCUUUGGUUUCGCUACGGUCUUUCGCACAAUCUCAAAAGGUGGCAUUCUUUACAUGUACGACCAUAAUCUGCCUUUAGCGUCAAAUCACCUUCUGGAAGCAUUAGACAAUGUUCGUCCGGAGAGUUUCUUUGGCGUGCCCUACGCAUUGAAGCUCCUGGCAGAGACGCAAGAUGGUAUUGAUGCGUUAGCGCGAUGUGGCAGUGUGAAUGUAGCCGGAAGCUCAUGCCCUGAUGAACUGGGAGAUAGAUUGGUCUCGAACGGCGUUCAUCUGAUUGUCGCAUUUGGAGCGACCGAGUGUGGCCAAGUGGCGACGUCGAGGCGUUCUAAGGAUGACACUAGUUGGAAUUACCUACGGUUCUAUCCCAACGUAAAGCCCUACGUUUACAUGAAGCCCACGGCUGAUCAACUCAGCGAGCUAGUAAUCCUUGAUGGCCUCAGGUCGAAAGUCGUAUCCAACUCACACGAUCCACCGAAUUCUUUCCAUUCACGCGAUUUGUUCACUCCGCAUCCUGAGAUUCCCGAUGCUUGGAAAUAUGUCGGUCGCAUGGAUGAUCGAAUCACGCUCGUAAACGGAGAAAAGGUCCUUCCUCUUCCUAUUGAGGGUCGAAUCAGAGACGAUCCGCUGGUCACCGAAGCUGUUGUUUUUGGAAUCCAGCGGGAUUUUCCUGGUCUGUUAGUUUUCAAGAAUCCCCAAGCCAAAAAUAUGACAGAUGGCGACUUUCUCGACCACAUCUGGCCCGCCGUGGAAGAUGCAAAUUCACGAGCCGAGGGAUUUUCCCAAAUUAGCAAGCAAUCGAUUAUUGUUAUCGGAAGUGGAAUUCCUUACCCGCAGACCGAUAAAGGGACAAUCAUUCGCGCCAAAAUAUACAUGGCUUUUGAGAAGGGUAUUAACGACAUGUAUGAGAGGGUCCAGCAGGCCACAUGUGGAGUUGAAACGCCGGAUCUACCAAACUUGCAGAACGAGCUUCUCGUCAUCUGCAGUGAAGAUUUGAGUCUAGACAUUGAGAAAGUUGAUGAUGAUUUGUUCAAUGCGGGCAUGGACAGCUUGAAAGCUGCUCGUCUGUCAAACACGAUUCGAAAGCGAUUCUACAUAGAAUCAGAGGAGAAGCGCAAGGGGCUUGGUGCUGACACAAUAUACCGCAAUGCUACCAUAUCAAGGCUUGCCAGAUAUAUCAAAAAUUGCGAGGAUGUGGACGAUCCUACCGACCUUGAAUUGAUGAGAGAACUGAUCCAGAAGUAUUCCACCUUCAGCUCAGCGCCUUUAGCCUCGUUACCGCGAAGCCCUUCUCGGCCGGAGAGCAGUAUAGUUCUUCUGACUGGUGUCACAGGUUCACUAGGCUGUCAUGUUUUGAAGACUCUCCUUGAUUCUGUAUCAACCAAGAAGGUUAUUUGCAUAGUUCGCGUUGGAAAUACUGGUAAUAAUGUUGAUUCGAAGGUUGCAAGAGAUCGCAUUUUGGAAUCACUUCGCCAGAGAGAGAUUGAUAUUGGACCAGACGAACUUUCAAAGAUAACCGCUAUUCCGGGUGAUCUGGGCCAUGCAAACUUUGGUGAAACACUGCAUAAACAUAAAGAGGUGUUGCAAUCAGUUACAACAAUCAUUCACGCGGCAUGGCCUGUGGAUUUCAACUGGACGCUGGAGAGCUUCAUCCCUCAGCUAUCAUCGCUCCAAGAACUUGUCAAUCUCUCCUUGGAAGUCUGUCAAGCCCCAGCAAGAAUGCUCUUCUGCUCAUCCAUAUCAACCGCUCUUUCCACUCCAGCACCGGCAACUAUCCCAGAGUCUCUGAUAGGUCAGAUGCAAUAUGCGCAAUCAACUGGGUAUGCACAAUCAAAGCUCUGUGCCGAAUAUAUUCUCAACAAUGCAGCCAUGGAAGCCGGAGCUGACACAAUAGUUGCACGAAUUGGUCAAAUUGUUGCAGACACAAAGGCCCACAUUUGGAAUUCUAACGAGGCGAUUCCACUCAUGGUGCGAUCCGUAAAUGCAAUUCAAAUCCUCCCGGAUCAGAAAGAAGAACAAUGCCGAUGGCUUCCAGUCGAUGAGUGCGCACAAACUAUUUGUGAAUUUCUUCAAACUUCUUCCGUCACAGAGAGUGACACUACACGAGGAGCUCAGUUCUUCAACGUGCUUAGUCCACGAACCUUCUCUUGGACAGAUGACUUCCUGCCCGCUCUUCGCCAGGCAGGAUUCACAUUCGAUAUAUCACCCGUGAGUGAAUGGCUUGCCCAGCUCGAAAAGAGUGACCCAGAUCCGCAAAUAAAUCCUAGUAUGAAGCUUCUAGGCUUUUGGAAGCGUCGUUGGGCCUCCGGAACCAACAGAGUGGAACAGAAUAUUCAUUUCGACACCUUGGAGGCUCAGCUUCAUAGUGACACGCUAGCCCACUGCUCAAGUCCACUUUCAAGCGGGCACCUUCUUAGAGUCGCGGAACGAUGGCACCGAGAGUGGAAUGCUGCUUCAAGUUAG